ACAAACGGCAUUCCCUGCCGCUUCCGUUACCCAUGACACCGGAGCGAAGUUGUGACAGCUGAUUCUUCAAUCACUUCAUAUCCACUCUGAGUCCCCAAAUAAUCACCUCUCAAGUGAUCUACAGUCCGCGGUGCCUCCUCUUUUAACCUCCGGCUGAGUCGCAGACUGUGGUUGACCAGAGGAGGACUGAUAAUGGUGUAGCACGGAGCGCGAGCUCUGAGACAGCAGGCUUUUGAGCAGCAGCGAAGCGCAGUGCGGCGUGGGGCAGACCGAGGCAGAUCACAGCAGCGUAGCCAUGCUUACGUUGGCCAGUAAGCUGAAGAGGGACGACGGAGGAAAGACGGGCCGUGCUUCCGGAGCCUCCGACUCCACCCACAGGGUCUCCAUCAGAGACCGCCUCCUUACCAAAGAAGUUGCAGAACUUGAAGCCAAUCUCCCUAGUACAUGCAAAGCCAGUUUCCCAGAUGAGGACAAGCUGCAUCAUUUUCAGCUGGCAGUGUCUCCUGAUGAAGGUUACUACCAAAGUGGAAGGUUUCAGUUUGAAAUAGACGUCCCCGAAGCCUAUAACAUGGUGCCUCCUAAAGUGAGAUGUCAGACCAGAAUAUGGCAUCCUAACAUCACAGAGAAUGGAGAGAUCUGUUUGAGUUUAUUGCGGGAACACUCAAUUGAUGGCACAGGCUGGGCCCCCACUAGAACAUUAAAGGACGUUGUCUGGGGAUUGAACUCCUUGUUUACUGAUCUGUUGAACUUCGAUGACCCUUUGAAUAUCGACGCAGCAGAACAUCAUCUGAGAGACAAGGAGGACUUUCGGAAUAAGGUUCAAGAUUACAUCAAGCACUACGCCAGAUGAUAGAAGCAUCGGCUACCUACAUCAGCCUGCAUCAACCAACCAACCAAACUGCUCUACCUUGCCUCUGCUAAUCUUGGCCAACCCCCCCCACGUGUGUGAAUCAACAGCUGACUCUUUGACUCCGCUCUUCUCGACACCACAGCUCCGCCCGUGUUGCCCCGCUGGUUAUCCGAUUGCAAUAAACUCCACAUCGCAGGAACAAAAUAAUAAUAAUAAAAAAAAAAUACGAUGCGUUUGAGUGAAGACUCGCAUACAAAAGAAAAAUAUGCUUUAAUAUUAUUCUAAUCGAUUGAGUUUUAACGACAACCACGAUGUCUGUUCAUUGUGGCGAGAUCACUGAAUGGCGCCGCCUCCCCUGAGGUGUCCCUGAGAACUGCUGGAAAUGAGCCGUUGCAACAACCGGCAAAGGGAUGUGAUGAUUCACCGGCGCGAAAAAAAAAAAAUUAAUGGAAGUCACGUUCAGCUGUUUAAAAAAAAAUGACGAAUCAAGAGAAAGAAUAUCUGUCGCUAUCAGUCUUCUCUGUUCCAGUGCCUGCUAUGUUUGUCGCUAAAGAGAAAAUGCAUGUGAGUUCACAAACAUAUAAAACACAGUGUCACAUCCUGUAGUAAAAAGUAAACACACAGGUUUCUAUGUCUAUUAUUCACACACACACACACACACACACACACACACACACACACACACUCGAGUUGGAAAGCCACCAGCCCCACCAGACAGCAUGUGAAUGACCACGUUGUCCCGUUUUGUUGUCCUUGCAUGUGAACACUCACAUACGGACUUUCUGUUUUGGGUUUUUCAGCUCCGGUGGGAUAAAGUACGACUACUAAAAACCACA